AUGGAACUCAUUAUCGUUGCCAAUGCCUCGAUGGUUACAAGGGGAAUCCAUAUCUCCGUCGCGGAUGCCAAGGAAAAGCCUUAUUUAUCUUUCGAGUUAGAUGUGAAUGAAUGCAAGUAUGGAUGGCUGAAUGAGUGUAAGUACAAGGAUAAGUGUUCUAACACCGAAGGAAACGAUACCUGUCAUUGUCCUAAGAACUUCCAUGGGGAUGGAAGAAAAGGCGGAGAAGGUUGCACCAAAAAUUCCACCUCUUCCAUUCUUAUCAUAAUUGGAAUUGGGUUAGGCCUCGCAGUUCUACUAAUAGCCACCACAACCACAUACUUAUGCUACAAGAAGUUGAAGUUCAUCAAACAAAAACAGCGUUUUUUCCACAAAAACGGAGGCUUUGUGCUUCAACGACAGCUUUCUCAAUGCAAUUCACCUAAAGACAUCGUAAGAAUCUUCAGCCAACAAGAGUUGGAGAAGGCCACCAACAACUACGCCCAAGACACCAUUGCUGGCAAAGGUGGCUACGGUACUGUUUACAAAGGUGUCUUGGAGGAUGGACUAACCGUUGCAAUCAAGACAUCAUGCAUUCUAAGAUUCGACCAACUUUCAAGGGUACUACUUUGGACUUAUGUCGUUCGUGACAGUUUUACUAAAAGGAAACUAACUGACAAACUCCCUAGUAAUCUCCAUAGAGUAUAA